AUGAUUAUGUCAAGCAAUCAAGCGGAAUCGAUAGUGAUUGAUAGCGAUGACGACUGCAAGCCUGCCGCAGUGCCUUCUCCUCGACGAAAAAAGCGGCGACACCAAUCCUCCUCAAAAGAAAUACAAGGAUCUUUGCCAAAGAAUAAACCAUCAGCGACUGGAUUUGGCGCAGGUGAUGACUCGGAUGAUAGCUUAGUUGCCUAUUUCAAGGGUGACGACAAGGAUUUAAUAUCCAAAAGGGCUGCGGCAAAAAUCACACAAGAACAUCCACAAAAUGCAUCGACUAGCACUAUAGCCGUGGCGCGCAAAACGCGGAAGAAACCAUCACCCACUGCACUAGACUCGGACGAUGACUCGGACAUCGGUCUUGUUGCGUAUUUGAAGGGUGAAGAGAAGGAACCAAAGGCACUCGCAACUAUAAAAGAGAAGGUAAUCGAGAUUGAUAGCGACAAUGACUGCAAGCCCGCAGCAUUGCCAGGAACUUAUCCUGGACGGAAAAGACACCGAUCUGGAGUGGAUGAUGAUGAUGGUGAUGACUCAAAGCGCCAACAGAUCAAUCAAGAUGUCAUCGUCGUUGAUACAAGAAUUAUUACCAGCACAAAAUCUGCCAACAACCAAGAUAUCAUAGUGAUGCUAGAUAGUGAUAGUGGUGAUGAUGAAGAAUGUUGGGUGCUUCCUCCUUCACAGCAACGGAAUCGGACCCAAGCUUUGCCUUCUUCUUCUGCGAAGCGGAAGUCUUCGGACUUUCAACUAGCGACUAUUCUGCAACAGCAAGAAUAUGAGGCCAAUAGCAGGAAAAAUAAGGCAGAUGCCAAGAAGGAGCAUGAAGCAAUGACCAAGUCGCCCUAUGGUAAGGCCAUCCUUGUAGUUCAGAAGAUUCUGGAACUGACUAAAAAGACCAAGGACCAGUAUCCCAACUUUGCGCAGAAUGUUGACUCGGUUAGCACAGAUGAUAUGGUGUUCUUGGCAAAAAAUCUCCUGGAGACACAAGCCAGCUUUCUUGCUACUGGAUCAAGCUCUGUCUUUGUGGAUGUAGGAUAUCACUAUACAAAUUCCAUAAAUUUGGACAGCAUACGUACAAACGGUCUCAUGACUAAGAACGAACGAGAUUCACAAGGAGUCAAAGCGAAUAGAUUCAAUGGAAGUGCUUAUGGUGACGGUGUGUAUACUGGGAACAAUCCAAUACAGUUUUCGAACUAUGGUGACACUGGAUUGAUCGUCGGCCGUUUACUAGGAACUAUGCAAUUGUUUGGGCACACUAGUGAUGGCGUCAAUACUGUCCUGGUACCCAAUUACAAAAUGGUUGUCCUCAAGACCUCGGCCCAAUGCUUGCCCGUGAUCAAGUACAACAAGACGCUAGCUACAUCGGAACAAGGGAAACAAGUCAUCCAAGCAUUACACACAUCGCUACAGCAGAUCCUCGACCAAGUCUUCAAUCGAGGCUUGACAGCACCACCAAUGUCUUUUGAUACAGGAGCGGCUGCAAACAAUGGGAACCGUGGCACUAUGACGGUACCUCCUCCAGCAUCUUUGCCGAUUCACCCAUCUCUUCGCAAUGCACAGAAGAAUUCCUCUUCUAGUUCCAAUGCCCCAUUUGGUGGGAUUCCUCCUAUUACCCAGCCUUUUGGUGCUGCGGUUGGUAGGGCUUUUGGUAUGGGUUCGGCUUCUACAACCAUCCCAGGCUUUGCCACAACUCAUGGAUUCGGCGGGAAUAGAGGCAGAAUCAAUCAACAAAAUGGAACAAUGCCACAAGCUGUACUUCGAUACAUUGCUCCAGAAAGGCUCUCUGGUGCUGUCAACCCAACCGAAGCCUUUUGCCUUCCUCCUCCAUCAUGUGACUUUCAGAGUGACUGUGCUAUUUGUCAAGAUGCCCUUUCUGAUCCUCGGUCUUGUGUUGCUUUGAAGGUGUGCAGCCAUGUAUUUCACAAGGACUGCAUCGAGCAAGCUUGCAAGUUUGGCUCCAAAUGUCCCACUUGUCGCAAAUGCCUCGGGACACCAUCAGGGAAAUCGCCGUCCGGAUCCAUGUCUAUUAACGUCCCCCCUAUCACUGAUAAUCUAAAAUGCAGCGGAUUUGCGACUUGGGACACGAUUGUGAUUGUGUACUCCAUGCAGGCAGGAACCCAAAAGCACUACCACGAGAAUCCAGGACAACCCCAUCCUGGCAAGCACGAAACUGCCUACCUUCCAAACAAUGCUGGCGGUCGAAAUCUUCUCAAGAGACUCAAGUUUGCGUUUCUCCAUGGACUGACAUUUACGAUUGGUACAUCAAUGACGACGGGUGCUACCAACCAAUGCACAUGGUCGUCAAUUCAUCACAAGACGUCCCCAAAUAGAGGAGUGCAUGGAUUUCCUGAUCCCAAUUACUUUGCCAACUGCAAUGGAGAGCUAGAUAGCGCCAAUGUACCCGCCACAAAUCUACUUGAUGUGAAUGGACAAAAAUUGGUUACUACGCAACACUAG